AUGGCAUUAUUCUGGGAUAUAGAAAACGUCCGUGUACCAAAAGGCAAAACAGCUGAAGUUCUAACACAAAUUGCUAGGAGUACAUUUUCUAAUGGGUAUAAUGAAAUUGAAUUUGUUGUUGUGUGCGAUGUCACGAAAGAAACUGAAAAAGACAUUAAAGAUUUAAUUAAAUCAAAGGUCAAGUUGAUCCAUAUUUCAUCAACAUCUAAAAACGCAGCUGAUGAAAAAUUAAAACAAUCAGUGCGUAGAUUCGCUGAUAUUCACGGUAAUACAGCAACAGUCGCAUUAAUAUCAAGUGAUAUUAAUUUUGCUCCUGAUCUUAGUGUUCUUCGACAUAGGAAAAAAAUGUAUGUUCUUAAACCUCAGAAAAACUUUUCAAUUCACAAUCAUCCAAUUAAACGACCAACAAAAUCAGAAUCAUCAUCAUCAUUACCUCCCAUUGGCAUAUACUGGAAUCUUGAAUGCUGUCCUGUUCCAUACAAUAAAUCAGCAUCAUUAAUUUCUGAAGCCAUCAGGAAUAAAUAUUAUGACUUUUAUAGAGAAGCUGACUUUCUUGUAGUAUGUGACGUUCUUAUAGAAAGCGAAAAAGUCAUUCAACAACUAAAUGAUGCGCAAAUUGACGUGGUUCAUGUACCGACAACACAUAAAAAUGCUGCUGACAAAGAAUUAAUGGGACAACAAUAUACAAAUACCUUAAAUAUAGUUAUACAAUCAAAAGAAUUUAUUCACAUUACGAUUCAACAACAACAAACUGCACAUGAUUGUGGUGAUUUUGCUAUAGCAUUUUCAGUAUCUUUAUUAUUUAGUCAUAAUCCUGAAAAUAUUGUUUAUGACUGUGGGAUAAAAAAUAAUAAAUCUCUUUCAACAACAGAUGGGGAAUCAAAGUUUGAAAAUUUAAAAAGGAAAAAUGAAACAGAUUUUACAGGAAUUAAAAAACAAAAAGCAACGAAACAGCAUCAAACUUCAAAAACAGAGGUACCACAAGAUGAUAAUACAUACAUUCCGUUCAAAUCUUCAUCAGAAGAAUAUAUUCAAAGUCUUACAAGGGAUAUGCCUCCCACAUGCAUUCUAAAUAAUUUCGAUGACGAUGAUGUUCCAACAGAAGUUAGAGAGUUAAAUAGCUAUGAAGUAAUACUGAUUCAACAAGCAAAAGCUUUUCAAGUUGUUCAAAGAGCUGGAACAGUGCAAAAUAAAAAUAUGCCUCACUCUUCACGAUAUAACAAAGCCAAGGGUCAAUGUUUCCAUUUACCUUUGCCAAUUUCAGAAACGUUAGAGAAACUAGCUUCAGAGCUCGAUCCGAUAAACAAAAAUCAUGAGCUAUAUAUAAUGGUACGAAGUCUUCCUACAAAAGCCAAAUUAGUUUGGGAGAAUUUAGUAAACUUGAAGAAAGUAUUUAAAGCUUUACAGUGGUUACGGUUAAACAAUAUAUUGUACAAAGAUAUUGUACUGCCAAAAUCUGCUGAAGGAUUAAUGCAUUACUUAGAAAAUAACGACAUUGAAUUUUUAGUUGAAUCAAAUGACAGAGAAAAUAAUGAAAGUGAUGAAAAACAUAUGACAAUUCAAAGUUCCCAAAGUGAUGAUGAAGAUCACAAUAAUAUUAAAGAGAUUUAUGAAAAUGACCUUUUAAAGCGACGAGCUAUUCUUACUCAAGUAGACCAUUCUGAAUUAGAUUAUGAACAAUUUACAGUAUAUCCUUUAUAUGAUAAACGGAUGAAUAAAACGGCUACAGAUAUAUAUCAAAUGUUGAAAAUUCAAGAGGAGCCAUUAGAUCCAAGAUUGAAAACUUUAGAUUUGAAAUGUUUUCCAAAUCUAUAUCCGCGAGGGAUAAAUGGACAGCAUGAAGAUCGAGCCAAGAAGGUCCGUGAUCAUGAUUUUAUCAAACAAAAGCUCUGUUCUCUUAAGCCACGAUUUAGAUUAGAUCAUCAAUAUAUAUUUUUUUUACUACAAAAUGAUACUAUUCGAAGACUACAGGCCGGAAUUUAUUAUAUGUUGAAUGUUACGAACCCACGUGAUAAAUACACUGUCAAAAAUUAUUUGAAUAAACUGAAUGAGGGACUGUUAGAGGGUGAGCUGACUUCUAUUCUUGAACGCCUUCCAAAUACCGAAGAAUUUUGGAAAAAGCCAAGAAAUAAUCUUAAAUGUAUGAUACGAGAAUAUGGUCCCGCCACAUGGUUUCUUACGUUAAGUCCAGCAGAGUAUAUGUGUGAAGAUUUAGUUUCAUAUGUUCGUGAAGUAAAUUCACCAUUCUUAAACGACAUGUCACCUAGUCAAGUAAUUGCUGCAGAUCCUGUUUCAGUCUCUCGCUAUAUGGAUCAAAAAUUCCAUGCCAUGCUAGAUUUCCUUAAUUCAGACAGUCAUCCCCUUGGCAAAAUAACCCAUUUUUUUUGGCGACGAGAAUAUCAAGGCCGUGGUAUUCAACACUUUCAUACAUUAAUAUGGGUUGAAAAUGCUCCUAUAAUAGACAAGGACGAAAUUGAAAAAAUAGUGAUGUUUAUUCAACAAUAUAUCACUUGUAAAAUGCCGAAUAAGAACUUAUCACCAACAUUGUAUCGUAGAGUAACAACUCAUCAGACUCAUUAUCAUAAUAGCUACUGUAUGCGAUCAUCAAAAAAUAAAUAUGGAAAAAUAAUUAAACGUUGCCGAUUUGGUUUUCCUCGGCCUGUAACUGAUACAUUUGUCUUACGUGAUCCUGCAAUUGCAAUUGCAAAUCACAGACAGUCGCGUUCUAAAGAUAAACUUUAUGAUCUUCCCAGAACAGAAGAUGAGAAAAAUAUCAAUGACUAUAACCCUGCCAUUGUUGCAGUUUGGGAAGGAAAUAUGGAUAUUCAAUAUGUCGGUGAAAUCACUUCAUCAAUUGUAUUUUAUAUCACAAAAUACAUAACAAAACAUGAACGUUCUAAAACACAAGCUAUGGUUAAUGAUAUUAAUUCAACAGUACCAUUGCUCAAAAGAUUAUGGAACUUUGCUUUUCGAAGUUUAAAUAACAGAGAAAUUGGAGCUCUUGAAGCGGCAGAUACAUUAUUAGGAGUUUCUCUAAGUGGGACUGAUAACAAUACAACAAUAAAAUGGUUAAAUGUUAGACAAAUCAGAGGACGUAAAGUGAAGCCAUACGAAGAAAUUAAAAAAAUGGAAGAAGAAUCAACUGAUAUUUUUGCCCCAUCUUUAAUUGAUGAUCAUUAUCCCUCACGUCCUGCUGCUUUAGAAAAUUUGUGCCUAUAUGAAUUUGCUAAAGAGUGGGACGUUGUUAAAUCUGAACCCAUCUCUGAUAAAGUGGAGUAUUAUAUACUCAAGAAAAACGAUGAAGGAAAUCCUAUGUUAUGGGUUAAAAAACGCUCACGAGGAUAUUUGAUUAACCAUUACAUGUACAAUAUUAAAAGUCAGCCCAAAGAAUUUUACUUUUCAUUAUUAUUCUUAUUCAAUCCUUGGAGGAAUACUGAUGAAUUAAAAACUGGUUUCGAAACUUUUGCUGAUUCAUUUAAUGCUAAAAGAGGCCAACUCCAAAAAGCGUGUGAUUACUUUCAGCGUCAAGAAGAGUUUCAAAAAGGUUUGGAUUAUAUGCAACAGUUAAUUGAAGAAAAUGAAAAGAAUAUUAUUGAAAAUAAAGACCAGCAGGAUGAACCAGGAGAUCUAAUAAUUGAUGAUAAUGACAAAAAAGCAGUCGAUGAAGCGAUGAAAGACUUUAUAGAUAUUGAUAAUGCAGCUGCAAACGAAGAAGUUGAUUUAAAAGAUUUAAUUAGUCAGCUAAAUACUGACCAACUUAGAGUCUUUCAUCGAGUGACUGCUUCUCUUACAAAUCAUGAGGAUAAGCCAUUACGAAUUUAUGUCAGUGGAGAAGGUGGGACUGGUAAAAGCUUCUUGAUUUAUGUUAUUAAAACGUGGAUCCGAAAAACAUUAAAUCGUCCAAUAGCAAUAGCUGCACCUACUGGUCUUGCUGCAUUUGGUAUUAACGGUAUGACAUUACAUAGAAUUUUUUCACUUCCUGUUCAACAUGGAGGCACUCCAAAGUACAAAAUUCUAUCUGAUGCUGCUUUAAAAGUAUUACGUGAACAAUUAGCAGAUAUUGCAUUGGUAAUUAUUGAUGAAAUUUCGAUGGUUUCUAAUGUGACAUUAAUGUAUAUAAAUCGCAGGUUAAAUGAAAUUUUCAAUACAUCUGAUGAAGUAAAUGGGUGGUUUGGUAAAAAACACGUCUUAUUCUUUGGAGAUUUACUUCAGCUUAUGCCUGUUGCUCAAGAUGCAAGUUAUAUGGAUUUGUCAUCUGAUGAUAUGAAAAAAUGUCUUGAAUCCAUGGGAAAUAUUAAUAUUUGGAAACAUUUAGUUGAAUACGAAGAAUUAACUAUAAAUAUGCGUCAACGAAAUGAUGAAGCAUAUGGAAAACUAUUGUCACGUUUAAGGCUUGGAGCUAUGACGAAAGAAGAUGUUCAGCUGUUGACCACACGAAAUAUAAAUCUCGAUUCAUUUCUUGCUGGAAAUAGACUUGAUGCACUGUGUGAUUAUAUACAAAAGUUGCCUCAGUCUACUGUAUGUUUAUUACCGACCAAUGAAAUGUGUGAUUCAAUAAACUCUGCUAUGUUGGACAGAAUAAAAUCAUCAGAAACAAUCAAUCUUUCUGCGAAUGAUGUUAUUGAUUGCAAACUAAUUUAUAAAAAAAAAGCGGAAAAAGAUUUACUUAAGAAUGAACAUGAUGCUAGUCGAUCAGCUGGCCUAGCGAAAAAUAUUACUAUUAAAAUUGGUUCAAAAAUCAUGAUCAAGCGGAAUAUUGACUACACUUUAGGCCUAGUGAAUGGAGCCCUUGGUACAGUUUUAUCAGUUUCAAAAAGUAAUGAUGGUAAAACUUUACAAUCAAUUGUUGUUAAACUAACCAAGGGAGAUCGUGAGUGUGUAGUUGAAAGAAUAGAUGUAAAAUUCCAAUUGUCAGAUGAAGUGUACGUGAUACGUUCACAGUUUCCUAUUUGUCUGAGUUACGCUAUGACGAUACAUAAGUCUCAGGGGGUCAGCUUAGAGUGCGCUAUCAUUGACGUUGGUGAAAGAUGUUUCGCCAAAGGUAUGACUUAUGUUGCACUAUCACGAGUCACAACAUUAAGUGGCUUGCAUUUAAUCAAUUUUGAUCCGUCAAAAGCGAUAGCAAGUCAAACAGCAAUUGAAGAGUACAAUCGCUUGCGAAAAAUUUACAAGCCUGAUUUGAAAGAAAUUCCAAUUACAUUUAGAAGUUUACCAAAAAAUUUGGAUGCCAAAUGUGAUGCAAUGUAUAUUGCACAUAAAAGUUCUCCAUGA